GGACCCGGGAGGGGCUCGGCUGGCUGCUGGCGGGCCGGGAGGCGUGCGCGCCCGGCGCCCGGCGCUCACCAGCAGCAUGCUCUAUUUCCAGAUGGUGAUCAUGGCAGGGACCGUGAUGCUGGCGUACUACUUCGAAUACACCGACACUUUCGCAGUGAACGUGCAGGGCUUCUUCUGCCACGACAGCGCCUAUCGCAAGCCCUACCCGGGCCCGGAGGACAGCAGUGCCGUGCCCCCGGUGCUCCUCUACUCGCUGGCCGCCGGCGUCCCCGUGCUCGUGAUAAUAGUUGGAGAAACUGCGGUGUUUUGCCUACAAUUAGCCACAAGGGAUUUUGAAAACCAGGAGAAAACUAUUUUAACUGGAGACUGUUGCUACAUAAACCCACUGGUGCGCAGAACUGUCCGGUUUCUGGGAAUUUAUACAUUUGGACUGUUUGCUACGGAUAUCUUUGUAAAUGCUGGACAGGUUGUAACUGGAAACCUGGCUCCACACUUCCUGGCUCUGUGUAAACCCAACUACACAGCACUGGGAUGCCAACAGUAUACACAGUUCAUCAGCGGUGAAGAGGCUUGCACCGGCAACCCAGAUCUCAUCAUGAGAGCGCGGAAAACAUUCCCAUCCAAAGAAGCCGCCCUCAGCGUUUAUGCCGCCAUGUAUCUGACGAUGUACAUUACCAACACGAUCAAAGCCAAAGGAACCAGACUUGCUAAACCAGUUCUGUGCCUGGGAUUAAUGUGCCUGGCCUUUCUUACGGGACUCAACAGAGUAGCAGAAUAUCGAAAUCAUUGGUCAGAUGUGAUAGCAGGCUUUCUUGUGGGAAUAUCUAUAGCAGUAUUUCUGGUUGUGUGUGUGGUAAAUAAUUUCAAAGGAAGACAACCAGAAAAUGAGCAUAUUCAUAUGGACAACCUGGCCCGAAUGCCAAUGAUCAACAUUCCCCGAGUAGAAAGCCCAUUGGAAAAGAACCACAUUGCCGCCUUUGCAGAAGUCACAUGAUGCUGAAGUGGAUGGCUUUGCCCUACACUGGACAUCCUCCCUUUUUACCAUUCAUUCAGAACGCCCAAAGUUUAUUUCAUUACAAAAAGUUUAUACUGUUGUCUAAUUUUUUUUUAAUAUAAUUUCAAGUUCAAUCUCAACCUAUUUCCCCUACUAGACUGUGAGCUCCUCGGGGGCAGGACUCUGGCUUUUUUUCCAUAUCCCCAGCACCUACCACAAAGUCUUAACACAAAGUAGGUGUUCAAGAAAGAUGAGGUGAUCCAGUGAACAAAUUAAUUUUUAAAUAAAAUUUCACUUUAGCUUCUCAAUUUCUGUGAUGAUGUGUAAAGAAACCUUUACAUGAAUUAUAUUUGUAUAAAAGAAACCCUCUAUUUUGGGCUAGUCAAGCCUUUUUAAUUUUUCAUAUAUCUCAUCAGCAAUGUACCUUAUAUCAUUGAAGUUGAUUUUGAAAAUCAUAGGGAGUUUUAAUUUUAUUAUUCCGCAUGACAUUUCCAUUCUAACAGAUUUCAAUGUAUGACAUGACUUUACUUUUAGAAAGUAUGUCCUAUACUAAAAUGUUAGCACAUUAUAUUAUGCUAUAUUUCACCUAAGAUAUCAUUCAUCCUACACAUUCUAAGACUGGUGCUUCUGCUUUUAAAGGGGAAAAUGCCAAUUUUUACUGUAAUAAGUAAUGUAUCAUAAUUAAAAUUAUUUAUUUGGA